UAGAAGGAAUAGCUUUCGGCCAUGAGGUUUCUGGUAUCUAUUCUAUUUUUACUAUAUUCGGCCACUCACUCCUUAGUAGCCACCGUCACCAAAAGGUCCAUAUCCAUGUGAAUGCCAUCUUUGGUGGUAACCUUGUCCCAUUCCACCUUCAUCUCCUCUCGCGCCUUGGGCCUCAUGUCUAGUGGGAUACCACCAUAUGUCUUGCCCGACGAGCUGGUGUCUAGCCACUCAAUCAUCUCGUCCCCGUCCUUAGCCCACUUGACGAUCUUGUUAAUGACCAUGUCUCUCUUUGGAAAACCGGCGUCAUCGAGGAGCUUCUCGAGAUCCCGCCGCUUGAUGAACUUAGGCCCACUCUGCUCUGGGUAGUUGCGGUAUGGCUCUCUUGACAGCACGUCUUCCUUGAUCCUCUCGUGCACCGCGACGAAGUCUCCGGAACCUCCUGAUAUGCCGAGCCGACCUCCGGACUUGAGCACGCGGCCGAAUUCUUUAACCGCUGCGGGCUGGUCUUCUACCCAAUGGAAGGUUGAAUUGACAUAUACUAUAUCAAAACUGCCCGUGGCGAAUUGUGACAGAUCCUCUGCCCUGCCGACGUGGAAUGACAGGUUUGGCGUUUUGAUUUCUUGCGCGAGGGUAAUGCGUUCUUUGCUGGGGUCGAUGCCGACCACGCUUCCCUUUUCCCCGACAACCUCCGCGAUGUGGGCGGUGAUGUUGCCGGGCCCGCAGCCGACGUCGAGGACGUGCAGGCCGGGAGUGACUCCGAGCCUGUUCAGCAGGAACAGCCCAGCGUCGAAUUGGGUGUUGUUGACGGAUGUGUAACCCUUUGCUAGCUCUUCGGUAUCGGCCAUGGUUGUUCCGGGAUGGCGUUUUUGAUAUCUAGAUAUCGAGUUUGCUGCCGUAAACACUCACCAAUUACAGACACUCGACAGCUGCCAUUCCGUCCUACAUAUGUGUGAGCAUCGCGGGUCCCGUCGGUGGGUUCCUCGUCGCGAUCAAGGCCAAGUGCCACCGAAACUUGUACCCUGCGCGACUCAGGGGUAUCUGCAGGAGGGUGCUAGGCUGAAAGUGACAUGCGGUACUUUGAGCAGGUUUUGAGCAUAUUUGAGACCAAUGUUACGGGAAUCCUACGCUCAGCUUCAGCUAGCCGUAGCGUAAGAAUAAGACUGCGGGACCGCGAAUAAAACACAUGAACACAAACCACAAGCGCUACAUGGGUACAGGAUUCUUCUUAAACCAGAUCAUAGAGAGAACAUAUCAAGCACCAGCUGACAAAUCAUAUCGACAGCCUUGACACUUCCCCCUAGAUUUACCAACUUCCGGGAAAGCUUGGCGCGACGCAACCAUUCCAAGCUCAUGUUCGGUGUGGUUGAACGCUUGUCUUCUUGGAGGAGUUCCUCGACCUAAAGGUUUGGUCAAUUUCAGGCCAUGGUUGACAAACUCUUCUCCGUGACUUCGAUAGUCGCGACUCUUGUAAUUCUUUUGUCUGCAAGAUUCAUCGUCCAGGUCCUCCAACGACGCUUAUUGCACCCACUCCGUGCCGUGCCUGGCCCAUGGGCCAACAGCAUAUCAGAACUCCCAGCCGCAUUUGCCCUGGUCACGGGGAACCAGCACGUGUAUUACAAGUCGCUGCAUGACAAGUACGGCCCGGUCGUACGGGUCUCUCCCAAUGAGCUUAGCUUCGUCCGGCCAGAGGCCCGGGAAGAAAUAUAUGGCCUUCGGAAAGGCGGGCUCAAUAUGGAGAAGAGCCCUAUUUUCCUGGGCGCUGUCGGGGGCGUGGAUGGACAGACCGGAGUCAGUCUGGCUUUGAAUGCAGACCACGCCCGCCAACGGAGGGCAUUAGGGUGGUUAUUCACAAACAGCGCAUUACGGAACUUUGAAGAUCUGAUGAAAAUUCAAGUCCAAAGAUUUGUUUCCGUGCUUGAGCAAAAGUCAGACGAGAAACAACCUGCAGAUGUGUCGAGCUGGUAUACGUACCUUGCGUUCGAUAUCAUGGGGGAUCUCUGCUUUGCUGAACCAUUCGGAUGCCUGCAACAAGCAUCUAAUACGGAAUGGUCCACAUCAGUCAUCAACGUCUUUGUGGCGGCGACCUGGACACAGGGCAUACGCCGACUCUCGGGCGUCGGGACGUGGCUCGAAUCCAUGAUGCUUCGGCUGCUUGUUCCUCCUAAAGCAGCUGAAUGGGCCAAAAUUCACCUCAGGAACUCGCGUGAGAAAACAUUGCACCGCCUUGCAGAUCCAGAUAGGGAUCACACAGACUUCAUGUACCACAUCCUCAUCAACAACGAGUCGAAGAAAUCCCUGUCGCAGACGGAAAUCACCUUGAACAUGGCACUCUUCAUUAGUGCUGGGACGGAUACAACAGCGACGGCCCUCACCGGGUGGACAUACUUCGUGUGCACACAUCCCGAGGUAUACAGCCGUCUCGUCAACGAGAUCAGAAGCGCCCUGGCAACGGAGGAAGAUGUCAGAUGGGAAAAGGUCAAGGAUCUGCAUUAUCUUGAAGCCACCCUGCACGAAGCACUCCGUCUCUACCCGCCAUCACCGGCCAGCCAGCAACGCAUAGUCCCUCGAGGAGGAGCGACCAUCGACGGCUACUUCGUUUCCGAAGGGAUGACUGUUGCUGUCCCACCCUGGGUCUCGACACACUCCCCUCUUAAUUUUCGGAAGCCCUUUGAAUUCAAACCUGAGCGUUGGCUUGGCGAAGAGAACGAGUUCUCCAACGAUCGACUAAACGCGUCCUUGCCGUUUGGAACGGGCCCGAGGGUUUGCAUCGGUAGAAAUCUGGCAUACAUGGAGAUGCGACUCAUAUGUGCCCAUCUGCUCUGGAAUUUCGAUGUACAGCUAGAUCGAGGGAAGUACCAGGCAAAGAAUGAGGUGUGGGGACUGGAUGGCAGGUUAAAGACCUUCAAGAUCUUCCACUCGAUGACGAAGCCUGAGCUAUGGGUUCGGCUGACAAAGGUUCAGGCAGGAGGGUGUUAGGAAGAGAGCUUGAAGUGGUUGGCUUCAAGGCAUCGGCGGCUCUACAUGCAACGUUCCAAGGUGAAAUGCCACCCCGUUCCCAAGUGGAAUAGACAGAAGCAGAAGGGCAAUAAACUGGUUUCGCUUCUAUUGCGCAUACGUCCG